AUGGCGAACGUCACAGAUAUACCGGUGAUUUUAGUUGACUAUAUGUCUAUAAAUUCAUCGAUCCAUAUUCCUUCGCAAUUUGACGUGACUAUCGCGGAUGCAGGAUAUAUCGUGAUAAACUCGUUGAUCCUGAUCACAAUGCAAACAGGAUUUGCAUUAGUAAACGCUGGAAGUGUUAGCGUAAAAAAUAGUGUGAAUUUUAUGAUGAAAAAUACGGUGGAUACUGCCAUUGGUGGAUUUGCGUUUUGGCUCUUCGGAUUCGGACUGGCUUAUGGUCGUAGUAAAUAUUCCAACAUGUUCGUUGGCUUUGGAGACUUCUUUUUGGAUGCGAAAAUUACUGAUCCCCUAAUGGGCGGGAUAAUGACUGCUUUCAUGUAUGAGAUUUCGUUCUCAUCUUCUUCAACUACGAUUGCCAGCGGUGGAAUGGGUGAACGUUUCAAUUUCCAGGCAUAUUGUUUCUUUGCUUUCUUCAACUCGCUAUUAUACGCUAUUGCUGCUGGAUGGGUUUGGCGCGAGAAUGGAUUCCUAGCAAUUUUGGGUGCUACCGACAUUGCAGGAGCGGGACCGGUACACAUGCUAGGAGGCGUCAGCUCGUUUGCUGCGGCAACUUUUCUAGGACCUCGAAUCGGCCGAUUCGACCACGGUACAGAACAUCCUCCAAUGAAUAAUGCCACUAUUGCCUUCCUUGGUCUAUUUAUUCUAUGGUGGGCAUGGCUCGCGUUCAACACAGCUAGCAGUUAUGGACUUAGUCGUGGUCGAUGGGGCUAUACAAUAAGAUCAGCAGUUAUGACAUUGCUUGGAUCAAUGGGUGGUGGUAUAACGGCUUGCACAUUCUCGCUUAUCGAUAAUAAGGGCAAAGCUGUACCUUUUCAAAUUAUGAAUGGAGUACUAGCAUCGUUGGUGUCUGUAACCGGGGGCUGCUAUCUUUUCCAGUCUUGGUCUGCUGUACUCACAGGUUCUAUUGCUGCAGUUCUUUGUUUGUUAAGCAUGAAGCUGAUGAAUCGCUUGAAGAUCGACGAUCCACUCUAUGCGUGUACUGUUCAUGGUGUUGGAGGUGCAUGGGGUCUUCUAUCAAUCGGAUUGUUUGCUGUAAAUCCCGUUCCGCAAAGCACUACCGGCGGCAGAUCUGGUCUACUUAUGGGAGGAGGAUUUAGUUUGCUGCAAAGCCAAGUAUAUGAAGCACUAAGUUUGUUGCUUUGGGGAUUAUUUGCCACAUGGACAUUGCUUUGGAUUAUUAAUCUGUUCAUAAACGUCAGGAUAACUCCAGAAGAAGAAUUGCUGGGAGCAGAUUUGGCUGAACAUGACAUUGACCAUGCUAGGAAUACACUUGAGGAACUAAAGCCUUUAUGGGAUAGAGAAGUUGUUCUCAGUGAUGGCCUAACCUACAGGCUAUCGAAAGGAAUUGCUCAGGUUAGAGAUUCUAGUUCUGAAUUGUACAAAUGCAAUAUCAAUGCUGCCUUUAGCGACGGAAAUUUAAUACCACUGGAAGAAUUGAGGAAAAAUGAGCAAAUUAGUAUAAAUCGUAGCGCUGUUUGA